AUGGUUUUUGGUAAUUCUCGUUGCAGGUAGUACCACGGUGCUACCGACCACGAACGAUGUUCCGUCGGCUUAUCAACAGUUCUUCGAGCACACGACCGCCAUGUUACAACCGGCGAUAUACGCGAACUUGAACAGAGGCACUCUGCCACCGCCACCACCUGGAUUACUCGGAUGGCCGACUGGUCCAACGUUACCAACCACUCUACCUCAGCCUUUGGAGGAAGUUAAUGUGCUACAGCAGCCAGACUCGACGAGUCCGACGAUCUCGGACCUGUCGUUCCCACCGAAGCAAGAGGCGAGCCACGAAUGCAAGGAGGAGGAAUCGGCGGAGUUCGAGGACGAGCAACAAGCAAACGAGACUCAGCCGCACGAGACAGAGCACAAGAAACGAAAGAGACGCGUCCUGUUCUCCAAGGCUCAGACGUUCGAGCUCGAGAGACGUUUCCGACAACAGAGAUACCUAAGCGCUCCGGAACGGGAGCACCUGGCCUCGAUCAUUCGACUGACGCCCACGCAGGUGAAGAUCUGGUUUCAGAAUCACAGGUACAAGACGAAAAGAGCAGCCACCGAGAGAGUGGAAGCUAGCGGGAGUGGAUGUUCGCCGAGGAGGGUGGCGGUGCCGCUGUUAAUCAAAGAUGGGAAACCUUGUCAGUCGAAGCUGAUGGAACCAGCCACGUAUCCGAGCUCUGGCCAGGUUCCUAUGCCUCCGUACAUGCAGAAACCAUACUGGUGGUAAAAUUUACGCACGAUGGACUGUUGAGUCGUUGUCAUCGUCGGACUUAUAUUGGUACUUGUUGACGCUGGGAUGGGGCAGUGGGGAUGAUUGUUGUAGGAAUAGGUUUGUGAACGAAACAGUCGAAGAUUGUCCAAGUGACCAAAAUUUGGCGAGAUAUGAUAGAAAAAUUUUUAGGAAGAAAGAAGAGAAGAUAUCCUUCUUUUUUUAAGAAACCGUUGAUUUUUGACAAAGAGAUUUGGCGAAACAAGAUGGAAUGAUGAUUAUUGGAUUAAAAAUAACGAAGAUUCUUUUUGAAACUGAUUCGUGGAGGAAUGAAACUGCUGAUUAUGGAGACUCUCUUUGGGACGAAGAAGAGAAAAUUGAUUCGUGGAGGAUGAAUGAAAUUAUUGACAGUACGAUAGAUUUUGUGAAACAAGAUCAAAAAUACAAAUUGAACCUUUUGAGAAAAAUUUUGGGGAAAAGAGUCUUCCUUUUGUGAAUAAAUCAACGUCGAUGAUUGGAAAGAUUUUGAUGAAGAAGAUUCAUCGAUGAUUAAUACUAACAAUGAAAAUUAGAUAUUUUUCAAAGGAAGAAGGAUUUGAAGAUCGAGAAAGUUUGUGAAAGGAAUAUCAUAGAACUUGAUGUGUGAAUUUGUUUGAAAUCAUCUUUUGCGAUCAGUGCGUGCAACUGAGAGAAAAUUGAACAGAAUGACGAUUAUAAUUAAACAGCUUGGUGAAGAGAAUCACUUAAUAUAAAUGCACAUCGUAAUAUCUUACUUAAUACGAAAACGAAAGUUUUUUCCUCCACAAUAUCAUUAUUAAAUGAAAUAGAUAUUUAACACCGUGAACGAAGAAAGAAUAAAACCAUAAUCAGCAAUUUCAAAAUUCUUACGGAAAUAUGAUAAUCGAUCUAAAAACAACAAAUGAUUCAAACAUCAAAGAUAAAUAUCGAAUCACAGUGAACUUAACAAAACGGCAUUAUCUUCACAAUUAUUCGCGAAAUAUCGAAAAUGAAAAUCAAUCACAAGAAAGCCAAUGAGAUAUCAUUAGAUCUCAGAAUAUAAUUUUUAAAAUAUGAAGAUUAGAAGAAAAUCAAAAAAAUCGAUCGCAGACAAAUCAGUGCAUAUUCGGAGUAACUUACCAAAUAUUAAAGAUAAAAAGUCAGCGAAAAUAUUGUACGAUCGAAUCGAGGAAAGAAGUUGACGAAAAAGAGAUCAUCGCCAUAAGGGAAAUCAUGUACAGAACUCUCGUGAGAAAAUCAUCUCUGCUGAUUAGAUUAUCAAGGAUCAAACGUGUUAUUAACGUAGAUAUCACUAACAAUAUCUAAGGGCGAAUGUUGACACAGUCCAUGAUACUCAUGUUCUCGUUAAUUAGAGUAAAGGAAGUACUGCCAGUCAAAGUUUAAUGAUCGACGAUCAUCAAAACACAUUAGUGCAAAACACACUAGUUCGAUGUAAAAAUAAUUGGAUGUUGCACGAUGCGAAGUGAACGAAAAUAAAUUCGAUGAAUCAUUUCUCCGAUGAACGUAUCAGUCGGAUGAGCACCGACGAAACAAAACGCGUGUUGUGUUUUCUCGUCGAGUUUUAUUAGGUUAUUUCGCGGAUGAAACCAAAGAUAAUUCGCGAUUGGUGAACGCGACUAUUCGUAAUUGUGAAGGAUAUGAUGAAGUUUAGAGGAAGUGAUCUAGCACGAAAACAACUAUAACAAGUGGAGGGCAUGCCUAUAAUAUGCGCUUGUGGUCAAAAGUGUGGAAUCACUAGAUGAGUUGAUUGUCAAUUUUGUUAAUUUCUAACAUUCUCUAGUCAAACGUUUAUUCAAUUAAAACGAAAUUUAAUACUAGAAUUGCCAAAGUGUUUAGAACAAGCAAUUCGCAAUUUUUCUUUUUUUCUUCUAUUCAUAGAUUGAAUAAUUUCGUAGGUUUAUUAAAUUAUUUAAAAUUUUAUAGAUUUAUUGUAUAACAGUGAAUUUAGUAGGAUUUUGUUUUAUUCUGUUUCAUCUCUCUAUUUUAUUGUAAAUAAAAUUUCCCUGUUCCUUGCUCCUUUGUUAUUGUAUUUUAAUUGUUGGUAGUUCUAGUGUUAAGUUAAUUAAACCAGAGAAACUGAAAACAGUUUCGACUAGGUUACUCAAUUUUGGAAUAUUUAUUUUUUUGCAAAAAGUAUUUGCACACAGCCUUAUUUUCCAACAAAAUGUUUCCUUUUUAUUAGAUUUCCAUAAUAUAUUAAAUCAUAUAAAAAUAUAACUAUUAUACUUGGACCUUAUUAAAUAAUAUGUAAAUACUGUAAUAAAUAUGGUGAUGCAAACCAUUAUGUAUAUAUCUGAUAGUAGUAUAUACAUACGAUUAAUAGACUUUGUUGGCAACAGAAUUAAAAAUAUGCAACAAAGUUGAACUAAUCUAGAUAAAGUCGAACUGUUCCAGAAAAUUGAGUAACUCGAAUCUAAAUUAACCUAAUUAUAAUAAUAACAACACAACUGAUGUGACUAAACGACACCAGUUGAAGAGUUAACAAAUGUCUUCAAAUACUCGCAUAAACACCUAAAUUAAUCAAAAAGUUCAUCACCAAAUAUAACUAAGAACGUGAUUUCAAACUUUUGGCCAAUAUUGUAGGAUCGUUAGAUUCAUGCUUUCCAGAUUAUUCGUUUCCUUUCUUUGUUUGUACAAAGCUGUCGUUAGUUCACGUAGUGUGCAUGUGUGAGUAUGUAUGCAUGAAUAUGUGUGUAUGGGGUGGGGUGUGCUUCAAAAAAAGCAUCUUUCACAUUUGUACUUAAAAAAAUUUUAAACUUUUCCCUACGAAUAAUAGUC